UCUGGAAAGGAGGCGGUGAGAGGGUGGGACUCGCCUGGGUGGCAGAAAGGAGAAGAGGCAACUGUGCCGUGACAGCCGCCGCCGCUACAAACAACAGCAGCAAGGGGGCGAGGCGUCCUUCCUUCCCUCUUUUCCUCUCGCCGAGAAAGGGUUUGGUCCCUCGGCACAACCUCGCGGCGAGGAACGGAAAGGCAGAGAGGGGGCCGCCUAGGGCAGCAGCGCAAACGUUUUUUUUUUCCCGCCGUAGAUCCGGAAGAUCCCACCGUGAGGCAGGAGCCGGAUCAGCGUCGCGCUAAGCUUAAAGGGGAACAGAUUCAGGGCAAGAUCUCUCUCCCCCCUCUCCGUUCUCCCAGUCCGCAAGCCCUCACGUAGCCAACAUGGAUCCGGGCGUAAGGAGGAAUAAGGCGGAGGAGGCGGAUAUCCAGCCGCCGGCGCCCCAACAGCAAGAGGAAGAAGAGGAAGAAGUAGACCCUAGGAUCCAGGGGGAGCUAGAAAAGCUGAAUCAGUCCACAGAUGAAAUUAAUCGGAGAGAAACUGAGCUUGAGGAUGCCCGUCAGAGAUUCCGAUCUGUCCUGGUCGAAGCUACAAUAAAACUUGAUGAACUAGUAAAGAAGAUUGGGAAAGCUGUAGAAGACUCAAAACCUUACUGGGAAGCACGGAGGGUUGCCAGACAGGCCCAGCUGGAAGCUCAAAAGGCAACCCAGGAUUUUCAGAGAGCCACUGAAGUACUACGGGCUGCUAAGGAGACUAUUUCCCUUGCAGAGCAGAGGCUGCUGGAAGAUGACAAGCGUCAGUUUGAUUCUGCUUGGCAAGAGAUGCUCAAUCAUGCCACCCAAAGGGUCAUGGAGGCAGAACAGACAAAAACCAGAAGUGAGUUGGUGCACAAGGAGACGGCGGCCAAAUACAAUGCCGCCAUGGGCAGAAUGAAACACUUGGAGAAGAAACUGAAAAGGGCUAUAAAUAAAUCCAAGUAUUGCUUCCUCAAAAGUUUAUAUAUAUAUUUAAAAAGUGAACAAUUAAAGAAGACAGUGGAUGAUCUGCAGGCCAAGCUGGCUUCAGCAAAGGGUGAAUACAAAACAGCACUGAAGAACUUGGAGAUGAUAUCUGAUGAGAUCCAUGAGAGGAGGAGAGCCUCCUCCAUGGGGCCCAGAGGUUGCGGUGUGGGUGCUGAAGGAAACACCUCUUCUGCAGAAGAUCUUUCAAUCUGCAAACUGGAACCAGAUAACAUCUCUAUGGCUUCAGAAGUAUUUGAAGAUGACACUUGCAGCAGCAUUGUGUCUGAAGAAGACUCUGAAACCCAAUCUGUGUCCAGCUUCAGUUCUGGUCCCACAAGUCCUUUUGAUAUGCCAGCUCAAUUUCCUCCAUCCGCUCGGCCAAGAAGUCUUGAUCUAUCCAGCCCUAUUUCACUAUCUGAAUUUAGCAUAUUACCUCUACUAGGACCUCGCAGUGAAUGCAGUGGGGCUUCUUCUCCUGAAUGUGAAACUGAAAGGGGAAACCGGGCAGAAGGAGCAGAGAACAAGACACUUGACAAACUGAAUAAGAACAGGAGCAGCAGCAGCAACCCUUCUUCUAAUGGCCCAACAUUGGACAAUAGGAUGAAGCAGCUCACCCUACAAUGCCUGAAACUCAAAGACGGGAUUUGCGCAGACAGAAAAAUAGUACAACUUGGCUGAGAUUUUUUAGGUCCUUCCAGUGCUAAUGAGGAAUGUAACUUAUUUAUACACAAACUUCUUCUGAAUGUCAGAAGAGCCUUGUGCCAAUAACUAAUGUAUGCCAAAUCUUUACACGUUUACUCUUUGAAACUGCACUAAGAGUUACAUCAGUGUUGAGGGCUGAAGAGUAUGUGUCAGUUUUUAGAAUAAGAGCAACAUCUUUGUCAGAACAGAAAUUGGUCACAAACAUCAGCUGCGAUUGUACUUCACAGCCUUUGUAAGACAUUUUGUAGCAGUUUGGCAGAAGCAAUAACUAAUACUGUUUUGUCUUUUGAUGGAGUUCUGUGCCGCUUGGGCACUGAAGGCCAAGCCAAAUGUUUGAGAGGAGCAGCUGAUGGCCAUUUUGGGAGCUAAGCUACUGUUUAAAAGUACUAGAAUUCCAAGGUGCAAGUGGCAUAUUCUUUUUAAAUGAACUUGUACUUUAAAUGUCUGUAUUAUAUUUUGGGAUUAUAAAAGGAACUUGUUGCAUGUAAUUGAGCCUAGAAAAACUGCUCAUCUUUCAGAGCUGAUGAGUGAUAAAUUAUACCUCAAGGAUAACAUAAAUGUAUUAGUAUUAAUGCACAUGCUGUUUUUUGGGGUGGGGGAGUGGGAAUAAAAAUUACGAGGAAUUCAGUUACCAAAGUGAAAUACAAUUGGAAUACUUAUUUAGGAGAUUUUUUUUUCCAGCACUCUUGUAUUGUGACUGUCCCAUUUGGAGUCAAUCACUAUGUGUAGAUGGAUAUCCUAGGUUUACACCUUGGCCUGCAGAGUAGAAAGGGAGGUAUGCAUGAAUACAUAGCAUUAUCUACCAAUAAAGGUUGAAAGGAUGAAUGAGUACUUAAUAUCUUUGUAGGCUGUCAAUGUAUAGGUUUUCUUUUUAGAGUAAUUAAAGGGACUUAUAAAUUUAGCAGCCCUUGAGCAAAAAGCUGAGUAAGAUUGGAAAGGGAAUUGAAGCAUGCCUCAGACAGCUGUAGACAGUAGAGACAUUGGUUAGUUAUGAUAAUAAACAAUAGUUAACAUAAUAUUUUUGUUUUGGUAGCUAGGACUUUGAAAUUGGCACAUGCCAUCUAUAUUUAUUUUCAAGGUGUUUAGCGAUGCCCCCCCCUUCCCAAGGCUUAGUUUGGUUGUAUUUUGCCCCUACUAUUUAGCUUAUAUAUCUAUUCUAGAAACAAAUGUAAAAAGUCCUUCACACUACAACAGAUCUCUCUACCCUUUUGUCUUCAUGUGCAGUACUGUAUUACAUUGAAAGUGUUUAAAAAUGCUUUAUAAAGUCCUUUAUAAAAUUAUUCUCUCAGCUAUACACAUGCCUUCUAUUUGUGCAGUUGGCUUAGAAUUCAGCUAAAGAAAUAAACGUUAAACGUGCCAAAUGGAAAGGUAAUAAAGUGAAUACUAGAGAGUUUA